GGUUUGUUUUACUGGUUUAUGGGGAGUGAGGUAUGCGCACUGAAUACACUGCUCCUCCUAUUAUUCUGUUCAACCUCACCUCCAGUUGUGUUAGCCAACACUACCCGUAUUCUAGUGGUACAGUUUUUCUCUCGACCUCCUCACCACACACAACUCUCUUACUCCUUGGCUUGCUCUCUCUUCCUUGCUCAGUUGCUCCCUCAUUUCCUGCUGUAUUCAGUCAUCUCUUCCUCAGAGCUAUCUCACUCCCUCUCCGAACACUCCCAACACUCAUCUGCAAAUCAGCUCUGCACGGAAAUGGCUUCCAAAAAGAAAAUGGGCUAUAAGUGUCGCAUAGCGGGAGUGAUGCUUCUUCUGAUUGGGAGUAUUGCUGCCCUUGUUGUUGUUUCUGUCAUCCAGGACAAGUUGAAGGUUAAAGAGUAUGGAUUAGAGUAUGGCAUUGUGAUAGACUCUGGUUCCUCUCGUUCCAACGUGUACCUGUAUGAAUGGCCUGGGGAGAAGGAGAAUGAGACUGGGGUAGUGACUGAAAAAAUGAACUGUAAAGUUAAAGGGGUUCCUAUCUCAGAGCUGAAGGUUAGUUCCAAGGAAUAUAAAACAACACUGAAUGGAUUUCAAGAUUGCAUGGAUGAAAUCAGGAAACAUAUUCCUGAGGAAAAGCAAAAAACCACACCCCUCUUUCUGGGAGCUACAGCUGGGAUGCGCCUGCUAGAUGUGGAAGAUAAGAAAAGGUCCAAUGAAGUUAUGACAAGUCUCAGGGACUACUUGAGUGGACAAAACUUCCACUUCCACAAUGCUUCCAUUAUUACCGGCCAGGAAGAGGGGCUAUAUGGGUGGAUUACAGUGAACUAUCUAAUGGGAAAUUUCCUAGAGAGAAACAUGUGGAACACUUACGUUCGUCCAAAUGGAGCAGAGACAGUUGGCUCAAUGGAUCUUGGUGGAGCAUCAACACAGAUAGCCUUUCAAGUUCAGGAACAGGGACAAGGGCCUGACUACAUGCUUGUCAAGCUGUAUGGUUACCCCUACACUGUCUACACACACAGUUUCCUUUGCUAUGGCAAAAAUGAGGCUGAUAAGAGGGUUCUUGACAAAUUAAUCAAGGGAUCAUCUGGCUACAUAGUAAAUCCCUGCUACCCCAAAGGUUUCAACACUACCAUAAAAGCUUCAGCCAUUUAUGACACGGAGUGCACAAUAAAACCCAAAAACUACAAUCCUGAUCAAGAGUUCUACAUGUUUGGAAGCUCUGACUCAAAAAAAUGUGGGGAACUAGUGAAGUCCAUAUUUGAUUUUGAUAACUGUUCCUCAAAGCAGUGCUCCUUCAAUGGGGUAGAGCAGCCACCCGUAACUGGAGAGUUCAUGGCAUAUGCUGGAUUCUACUUCAUUGCUCAAGCUCUGGAGCAGAGUGGGGUAUCAAACCUUGAACAGUUUAACAUCUCAGUAGGGAACUUCUGCCGCACUCACUGGACAGAGCUAAAAGCACAAAAGCACCGGAUUCUUGACAAAUACCUAAAGACGUACUGUUUUGCCAGUCACUAUGUCCUCACCCUCCUGGCAGAUGGAUACAAGUUUGAUGAUGAGACUUGGGAAAAUAUUCACUUUGAAAAAGAGAUAAAGGAAACAAACAUAGGCUGGAGUCUGGGCUACAUGCUGAGAAUGUCCAACAUGAUCCCGUCUGAAGUGAAAGAAAUCCUCCCGAUGACAAACCCGGUCUUUGCCGGCCUCAUCUUUUUAUUUUCAGCUCUAAUUAUUGUAACAGUAAUCUUAGGGUUUAUCAUCCUCCUUCGUACUUGCUACUGAUAAUGUAAGUGAGAAAGACAGUUAUGAAGAGCCUAGGGAAAUGUUGUGUACAUUGCUGGAAUGUGCCGUAGUAGCAUGUGUUGAGGCACGUGUGUUGAAAGUUACUAAGCAAAGUUUUUCCAGCUCAUGCCUCUGAAGCAAGAUUCACAUGGAAGUUGUACAUUUAGGUUUAUGAUUAAACGUUUGAUUAUCUAACUUUUAAUACAACCAAAGCAGUGGUUGCAAAUAAAGUAACCUAAAAGCGACAGAUUGUAAAUCUUGGCAGACUUAUUUCCUUUCUAAACCUCUCAUGUAUAUUAUGGUUGAAUCUUGUAGCAGCCAUUACAGAACGUAUUUUCGUCAUUAUUUUGUACCUCACAGAAGCACAGUGAUUUAAAGGUCUUUUCCCAGCUUUUGUUCCACCACAAAACAAAUGUAAAUGAACAAGAAUAAAUAAAUUAACACGUCUAAAAUUUUGCUGAGUUUAAGCAAAGAUAAGUCUGUCAAAAACACAUUUUUUAACCCCAUUUUGAGACGGAUUGUGAAAACGCUUAUCCAGGACAUUCUAGGAGGACAACAUAUAGACUGCUAGCAAAAAGAGGAAUCAGCAUCACUUCUGGUGUUGAUUCCAGUUUUAGCUCAGAAAUGCAUCACACAUCCAUGUUAAGUAGGAAGGGAUGAAGGACCGAGCUGACACGUAGACGCACUAUCAGGAAUAAGUAGUGCAGUGCUCUUAACUGGCUGGCUGAUGAUUGACUAUGUUAUCCAGUAAAUUUGUUUAUAAUCACUUCACUCAGUCUUCUUAUAACAAAUGAUGAAGGACAAAAAUCAUUGUCAUCCCAUCCCUGUCAGAUAUGUAGUCAUAUGGGGCAGAGUUUAGGAGGAUGCUGUAAAUCCCACCACUGCUCCAGGUGACUCUAAACAAGAAGAAAUCACAGAAAAUGAAUUAUUCGGCUAAACUGCUCAUUCUUCUAGGCUGUUUAUUUGGCUACUCUGUCAGCUCAAUGUUCCCGGUUGUGUUGCCUAUACACCCCCUCUGGUGUCCAGAAAACAACAUUAACAUCCUCUUAAUCACUCUUGGUCAUUCUCUGAAAAAAAAAAAAGUCUUGUGUUCUGGCUGUAGUUUUCCUCACUGCUGUCUUUUUAGCAGAAAGCCAUAAUGCUGCUGGGAUGUCUUCCUCCUGCUACACUGCACACCCAUUGGUAACCUUUGUCAAGUGUUUGUCUUCUGCUAUUUCUCGGUCAUGUGUUUAUUUUUUAAGCGGUUUAACUAAUGUCAGAAUUGUAUUUUUGACCUAAGAAUGCAUUUUUGACAAAACACUUUGAGGGAGGUGCAUAGUGAUAAGACAAGGCCUUUAGGAAAUGGCUAAUUUGUACUCUUUUGGGUUUGAUCAGCAAGAUUCCCACAGUAGUUAAAUGUAAAAUGCAACAAUACCCAAACUACUUUACAUCCUUUUUCCUUCAUCCUUUCUUUAAUCAUAAAAACGACUACAGACCUCCAGCUCCAAGUACAAAGUCAGAACAAACUGUUCCACAGUAUUCAAUAAUUGUCUGUAGCCCUUAAACGCUUUACAUAAUCAGAUGUUCUUUCAAAUCUGCAUUAUAACUACAUGUAGAAGGUUUAUUUUUACAGUAUUUUUUUCAGUGAUAUUUUUGUUGUUUUAUAUGGGAAUUUGUUAUAUAAAAGUGGCAAUCUAUAGAACAAAACAUUACCUUCAAGUAAAAGUAAUAGCUCAAGAUGACUGGAAGAUACUUGAAUAAUACAUAAGGUGUUACAUUCUUGAAAUUCAUUCAGGUAAUGGUAAUCUAAAGUACAUGAUUAAAAGUGACUGUAGUUUUUUAUUUUUGUUUUGGAGGUGUUUAAAUUCCCUUUUCAAAGCGAUAGAGUUAUAACUAAACAGUUAUAACCCUGAAAGUGCAAAUGGGAACACUCGGUGUAUGUAAGUCAAAAUGCCCCUCUUAUUUGAAAUGUUUUUCAUAAUUGAGGCAAGUUUCAGGAAAACUAACCCGUUUUUUUUCAUUGACUUUAUAAAACUGUACGGUGACUUAGUAUGUGUUAAGUUUGAGUUAAUUGUGUUCAUAUCUCAGUCCAAUGUUUUGUUAUAUCCAUAUGUUUUAUUAAAUGAGAAAAAAAUAUCUAAGCAUUCAAUUGAAGCAGCAAAUUAGAUGGUUUGCUUGUGAAUGCAACACAAUUACAGAAAACUUUGGUUGCUCUAAAUACAUUGCAUUGUACUGGAUAAAAUUUUAGAACAAUAUUGUGAUGCAUGUUUUUCAUUUUAUUGUAAAAAACCUGCUUGUUUUAUAGGUUAUUUUAGAACUUAGCUAUUUUUCUUGUAUUUAUAUUGCCAUUUGCCUGAUUCUUUACGUAAAUAUUUUUUACCUGUGAUGUAAUUUCUUUAAUGUAUUUUUAUUCUUUUAAUGACAUUUUCCUUGUUACUUAUCUUGUUACCUCUGUAAUCCUCUUUCAAUUGUCUUAUGCAAAAAUGGUGGAAUUGACAUAAGCUUAACUUUUGCUUGGUUAUAUUUAGCUGGACCAACUGAUCAAGAAUAAAAUUUAUGCUGUAAA